AUGGGGUUAUUUGACGGACAAAUUGCUUUUGUCACUGGUGGUGCCUCAGGCAUCGGCUUUGCCACGGCCAAAAUCUUGAUUGAAGGAGGAGCCAAAGUUGCCAUUGGGGACAUCAAUGCAUCUUUAAUAGCCUCCUCAGCGAAAGAGCUUGGGAACGGCACGAUCGGUGUCAAGGUGGAUGUCUCAGACCCUGCUUCCGUCGAGGCCGCAAUCAAAUCCGUGGAGGAUGCCUUUGGCGGCCUGGACUUGGCUGUGAAUGCAGCCGGGGUUGUGGGUGGCAUCGGUUCCAUCAUCGACAUCGAACCCGCAGCGACCUCGAAAGUACUGGCGGUGAAUCUCGGCGGGGUCAUAUUCUGCAUGAAAUACGAAAUGAUGGCGAUGAAAAAAAGAACCGCCCAAGGCCGCAAAUGUGCGAUUGUGAACAUUGCCAGUACUGCUGGAGUACGCCCUCACGCGUUCCUGGCACACUAUUCGGCAGCCAAGGCAGGAGUUAUCGAGGCCACCAAGGUCGCCGCUGUUGAAGUUGGGCCAGAUCAUAUCCGGGUGAACUGCAUUUCGCCUGGACACACCGCAACACCCAUCUUGCCGAAAAAUAUGGACCGCGACUUUAUUGCAAGCAUACUACCCACGAGGCGGUUCGGAACAGCAAGAGACAUUGCGGAGGCAUCUGCCUUCCUUCUUUCGGAUGCGGCUGAUCAGAUCACGGGCAUAAAUCUCCCUGUCGAUGGUGGUCUGCUGGCGGAUAAUCCGAUGCCUCUCAAACCAGAGUAA